ACUUUUCAAACGCCUUUGGACUGAGACGGCAAGCUUUUAGUGAUCAAGACUUUCUAAAGAUGGAAACGUAUGCAAAUAUAAGAAAAUUGAGAAAAAAAUUGAGACAGAUCGAACAUUUGGAAGAAAUAGAUCGUGAUUUGACAGACGAAGAAGUGGCAAAGUGUAUGAGAAAAGAGGCAGUUAGAGAAGAGUUAUUGAAGUUGCUUGUGUCCUACAAUUCUAAUGCGGAAGAGAGCUAUACAAGUAGUAUAGUAACAAAUGAUACAUCAGUAAAAAGUGAUACAUUAUCUACCAGUACCUAUACUGACUCACCACAACUGAACUCACCUAAUAUCAUUGAUACAACAGACAUAGAAGUAGAGCAAGUUGAGACUCUAUCAGUGGAUAGGUUGUCAGACAAAUCUUCUCAGAAACAAGGGAAAGAAAAUACUGCUAGUUUGUCUGAGAAGCUAGAAACAAGAGCCACUAUCAAUACAGGGUCAGAGAAGUCACAAACUGCUCCCCCUGUUUAUACAGGGUCCUCUCCUCCAGCACCUUCAAAGAAAGCUGCUAAAAAGAAAGGUGAUAAGAUUACAAAUAUAAAAGAUGAGUGGAGAAGUAAGAAGUUCCAGGUAUCAUUAUUGGAGUCUCACAAUGACAUUAUAACAGCUGUAGAUGCCUGUGAUGGUUUAUUUGUCUCAGCUAGUCGAGACACAACAGUGAAAGUUUGGGAUAUUGUGACUUUGACAGAAGUUAGAAGUUUAGGAAGUCAUACAGGAUCUGUGACAGAUGUUCUUAUUAUACCUGGCAAACUUGCUGUAAAACUAGGGUCAUCAUUUACAAUAUCAGAGAAUGAUCAUCUUAUAUUGAGUGGCUCCACAGAUUGUAAUCUCAAUGUUUGGUCUGCUGAAACAGGGGAAUUAUUGAAGUCAGUUUACACCUUUAAUCCAAUUACCAAGAUAGCUUUUUGUCCAGAUCUGUCUUUGGUUGCCACAGCUUCAGAUGGAGGUAAACUGGAAUUAUGGGACAUCAACACCAAAGAUACUGUUUGUUCAGAGACUGCACAUUCUGACUCGAUUACAGGACUAUGUGUAUUUGAGAAUAGAAUUUAUACAUCAUGUGCUGUUGAUGGUGAGAUUAAAGUAUUUGAAGUUAGAGACAACAAAUUACAUUGUUUAUUUGCCUCAGAGAAUUUGUACAACAUGACUGGUGGUGCAGUGAUAAUGAGACAUGUGAGGGCACUAGGUGUCUCCACUAGUCACAUCUUUUAUGGUGAUGAUGGUGUCAAUCUUAAACUACUCACAUGGAAGAAAG